UCUCUAGCUGUGAGGUUUCAGUGUCUCAGCCAUGUCUUCCUUUGUUGCCCCGUUCAAAAAUCAACAAUACUUUGACCUGAAGAAUUACUGCAUCAAGAACAAGAAGCUGUUUGAAGAUCCAGAGUUCCCCGCAAACAAUUCAUCUUUGUUUUAUAGACAACCACCUCGUAGUAUCGUGGAGUGGAAACGACCAGGGGAGAUAACCUCAGAUCCUCGUCUGUUUGUGGAAGGUAUCAAUUCCCAUGACUUGAAUCAGGGGGAUGUAGGGAACUGCUGGUUUGUUGCUGCGAGCUCAUGUCUUGCUCUGAAACCAAACAUAUGGGAAAAGGUGAUUCCCGAUUGGGAGGAGCAGGACUGGGAUCCCAAACAUCCAGAAAGCUAUGCCGGGAUCUUCCACUUCCGGUUCUGGGUCUUUGGUCAGUGGACAGACGUGGUAGUGGACGACCAGCUGCCUACUAUUAACGGACGCCUGAUCUACUGUCAUUCAAACAGUCAUAAUGAAUUCUGGAGUGCUCUGUUGGAGAAGGCUUAUGCCAAACUCUAUGGCUGCUAUGAGUCUUUAAGAGGGGGAUACACUGGAGAUGCUGUGGUGGAUUUCAGUGGAGCUGUAUUUGAACGCAUCAACUUAGAGGAAGAGGCUUUCUACAAAGAUCAAGAACAACAAAGCAUUCUAUUUGGAAAACUACUAGAAGUUUGUAAGCGCGAAGGAAUCAUCAGCUGUGGCAUCGAGGCAGAGGAGAAUGAAGUUGAGUCCAAGCUGACAAACGGUCUGGUGAUGGGGCAUGCAUAUGCUGUGACAGCAGUGAAGAGAGUACGUUUAGGUGAGGGGCAAGGGGAGCACUCCAGGACUGAAGCUAUUCCUAUGAUCCGUAUGAGAAACCCCUGGGGAUUCAAGGAGUGGAAUGGACCCUGGAGUGACGGCUCUGAGGAAUGGUCCACAAUUGACUAUGCAGAGAGGUACAAGCUUGGACUCACGGUAGAGGAUGAUGGGGAGUUCUGGAUGUCCUAUAAAGACUGGUGCAGACACUUCAAUGAUGCAGAUGUUUGCCACAUUGUUGAUCCUUCACUCACCAACUCCCGUCCAUGGAAUGAAACUUUGCAUUUUGGGAGCUGGACAAGACAUGAUGAUCCAGUCUUAAACCGCAGCGGUGGCGCCGUGUCAAUACUGCAGAACCCACAGUAUCUGUUUGAUGUGACAAAGAAAACGGAUGAAGUAAUGAUCACCUUGCAACAAAAAGACCGGAGGAUCCAUAAAAAAACUGGUCAUGGAGAAAAUGUGGCCAUUGGCUUUAAGGUUUAUGAGGUGGAGUUGAACAGGAAGUACAGAAUAAACCAACUUUGGAAUAAGAAGCUAAUGGGAGACCAAAACUUCUUAUAUUACCGGUCAGUUUUCAUGAGAUGCAACUUGCCCAAGGGCCGAUACGUCGUCAUCCCCUCCACCCUUCAAGCUGGUAUACAGGGAGAGUUCAUGCUGCGAAUUUUCACCCAUGAGGACUCAAGCUGCUGUGAACUGACUGAAGAAGAACCAAAAAAGGAAAACCGCCAAUGGAACCGACUCCAGCAGCCAGAUGUCCACCCCAAUGUCCAAGAACUCUCCCACAUCCACCCCAACUAGUACAGGCCUGAACAACAAGCAGAAGGAUCUCAACCUGGAGGGUGACGAUUCCCUCAGUGAAUCGAUAUAGACUCCUGCUGCAGCAGCCCACGUUUGGCCUGAAAUACACAUUUUUUUUUCCAUCUGUUGCUUUCCACCUUCCCUCACAGUGCCACUAUCGAGGGGAACCACUCUCUUUUUUUUUCAUUUUAUUGUUAAGCGACAUGUGAUGCGUCAUAUUUACUUAAAAGGCCAAUCAAAAGCUUUUUGACUUUCUUUAAUGGAUUAGUAAUGUGUAACGAUGAUUACUGGAUAAACAUGAUAAUGCGCUAUGAUUACAAUCAAUAAUUACUACAUAUCUGUUGCAUGACGUGUGAUUCAUACUGACGUUUAUUGAAAUUAUGGAAGAAAGUUUUCUGAGGAUAAUCAAUAAGCACUCCAUUCUGCUACUCUAUAUAUAAUUGGUACUUGAUCUGAUAAGGACCAGAUUAUGACAACUAUUUAAAAAUAUAUAUAAAAAAUAUAAAAUAUGUAAAAAAAUAAAAGAAAACAUACUUGGGUGGGAUUUUGCAUGCUUGUUUCCUCCCUCUAAGCAACAACUGUUGGAUAAUCGAUGUAUUUACCGAAUCAAAUAUGACUUGUGUGUACCGUAUGCAUUACUACAAAAAAGUCUAUUCAUUAUUACAUAGUUAAGAGGAGGACAUCAUGUUCUAAUGUCUUUGUUAUUUUUUCUUUAUUUUAUUGUCAAUACAUUACUUAAUAUUUGAAAUUGACUUGUUAUAUCAGUAUUUUGUCAUUUAAUUGUAUUAUUCCAUAAUUAAUGCUUGAAAUAAAACAAUCAAAUCACAUUAGAACCAAACAGGCGCAAACUUCAAACAAAGAGAGCCUUUUGAAUAUUAUAGAUAUAUAUGUAAGCAAAGUUUUGAUUCUGGUUACAGAUCAUGCCUAUACAAGUGCUGUAACGAAUGUGUAGCAUAAAAAUCUAUUUAGAUCUUUUUUUCGGAGUUUUCCAAAAGUAUAAAUGCAAAAAUACAAUUUUAAUGAACGUUAUGAAUUUUACAAACCUUUUGCGUGUCAUAGAUGUAAAGCUUUUUAGGUUAGUGUUUGCUUCCAUCUUUGUUCUAGAUGCUUUUGAUCUUCUGGGUGUUUAAUUUUUUAAGUUAUUAAAAUUAUCCAAAAUACUUGUAAAUUUUUUUUUUCUUGUUUGCACACAAAUCAAACAGAUGUUUGUACUGUCAAGAAAAGCAUACAGACAAAAGAGGUACAGACAU